AUGGCGGCUGAGAGUUCAACGGCGGCGUCCAGCAGUAGAUCUGGCGGUAGAGCAUCGGCGGAUUCGUACAUCGGUAGCUUUAUAAGCUUGACAUCGAAAAGUGAGGUCAGGUAUGAGGGCAUACUCUACAACAUUAACAAUGAAGAGUCCAGCAUCGACCUCUGCAACGGGGUUGAUUAUGAGGAGAAAGGAGAAGAUUUUGUGAAUAUUCAAGUUGCAACUGAUAGUGGGCUUCAAGUUUCACCUUCAAGCAGCUGCAUUCAGCCACUGGCGGUUUCGGAAAGUCUAAUGAGAAGAGGAAUUCAAAGUGGAGGUGGAUUUGUUGAGUCGUUGCGGUCGCCAUAUUUGCUCCCGAUGAUUGGAUUCUGCUCAGAAAGCAACCAUAAGUUGCUGGUUUACGAGUUCAUGGCAAAUGAUGGUCUGCAGGAACAUUUGUAUCCCAUUGGUGUUCCGAUCAGUUUAUGUUCUAAAGAAGAUCAGAAAAUCUAUCAGACCUGGUUCAAUUUCGCCGAUUCAGAUGGAUAUGGUCGUUUGACUGGAAAUGAUGCAACAAAGUUUUUUGAGAUGUCCAAUCUAUCGAAACAUGAACUCGAGCAGGUUUGGGCUAUUGCUGAACCCAAACGGCAAGGAUUUCUAGGAUUCAAGGAGUUCAUCACUGCAAUGCAGCUGAUCUCUCUUGCACAAGAAGGAAAUGAACUGACCUCAGAUCUUAAGAGCACAGCUGACAUUGAAACACCGAGUCUCACAUCAAUGGAAGGUUUGGAUGCCUUACUGGCUAAAAGUGAAGGAGCAACAAUGAAUGGCAGUUCUUACUCAAAUGGAUCUACUCAAUCACUACCAAUGCUUCCUAUGAUGUAUAGCACAAAAUCAAAAAAGAAGAACCCUACUUGUCUUGUUUUGUACAAUGAAAAACUACAGCCAUUGGAAUCUGCUUACCGUUUCAAUGAUUUUGGAUCUCCUGUAUUGGUUGAGUUUAUCAAAGUCACACAAUUCCUGAUCAAUGUUGUGGAUCCAACUCCUCAGAAAAUAACUGCCCUAAAUCAAUUGGUCAAGCCCAAAUACGAUAACUCUCCAUGUAUAGUUGAGGAGGGUACGAACACGCAAUUGACAACGAGAACAUUGCGAUGA